AAUACCCCCCUCCUCAAGGAAUGGGUCCACCUCAGUUUGGAUACCAGAUGCCUAGUCCAGCAGGCUUACCUGGCUACAGACCUCCAUCCCCUCGUUCACGCAGUAGGACCAAUCUCAUGGGUCAACCUCAACCUCAACCUCAGCCUCAGCCUGCUACAACCCUUGCAUCACAGAUGGCUCAGAAGCCAAUCUUCACAUCAGGAAACUUCGGGGCUGGUGUUAAGACUGCUUCAACACCUCUUACCAAGGGGACUAGUUCUCAGGCAGUCCCUACUCCACCUCAACCUUUUAGUCAGAUACCACAAGCGCAGGCUCAGAAUCUUGUUAACAGGGCUGUGACAUCAACCAUUUCCCCCAGUGCGUCCACUGCUGAAGUUGUUUGCAUUUUCCAAGGAAAAGCAACCUACACAUCGAAGAUUGGUGCCAAGCAGGAAGGAAAUGUCAAAGUGUUUUUCUUCGGUGCCGAGAAGGGUGGUCGGGUGAGGAUGGAGACUCUAUCAACAAACCAGAUUAUUCUCAACCAUGAUAUCAAUACACUGAAGCUGGUGGCAUCCUUCACCCCAACGCUAGUCACAUGGAAGAGACCCCAGCAUGACGGGAAGGGAGAGGAGACUGUUAACCUGAAUUUUGAUAAUGCUGAACUAGCUCAGAAAUUGAAGUCAGUUCUUCAGAAAAUCCAGGAAGCUGGCAAGAAGUCUGAAGCUUCACCUCCAAAACCAGCUGUGGCAACUCCAUCACCAUUCACCAUAUCAGGGUCUCAGGCCUUUAAACCUACUACGACACAGACCCCUACUGGAUCUUCACCUGCAGUGUUUGGCCAGGCUCAGACAGGAAUGCCUGCAUCAGCUGCCCUUGCAGCCCUGUCUGCCAAACAAGGAGAGGAGAAGACUGUCCAGUCUGGAGAAACACCAAAGCCAUCUUUUGGUGGCUUCACAUUCAGUGGUACCCCAGUGAUAAAGACUCCGGAAGACAAGUCAAAAGCAUCACCAACAGUCAAACUGAAGGAAAGCUCCCUCAAGGUAACCAGUCCAGUUGAAAGUGGAACUGUUGCAGCAAAUCAGCCCAAGCCUUUUGCUGGGUUUACCUUUACACAAACCAAACCCAUGACUCAACAAGCACCAGUUACAGUUGGACCCUCAUCUGCUUCAGCUGCUAGCUCUAUUUUCACUCUUGGACAAAACAUUGGAAGCCCCAUGCCUAGUUUUUCUAAUCUUGCUGCCAAUACUUCAGCAACAGGAUUCUCUGGAUUAAAGACAACCCAUGACUCCCCAAGCAAGGGAGAAGAUGAGGAAAGGGUUGAGGAAUAUGAACCCAAUGUGGACUUUAAGCCAGUUAUUGAUCUGCCAGACUUAGUGGAAAUGAAGACAGGGGAAGAAGAUGAGGAGAAGUUGUUUGGGGAGAGGGCCAGGCUGUUUAGGUUUGAUGCUGAUACCAAUCAGUGGAAGGAAAGGGGCAUUGGUGAGGUAAAGAUUCUGUACAAUAAGGCUGCCAAACGUUACCGAAUUCUGAUGAGACGUGAGCAAGUUUUGAAGAUUUGUGCUAAUCACAACAUAACAAAAGACAUGAAACUGACACCAAUGACCAGCUCUGACAGAGCUUGGUGUUGGUCUGCAAUGGACUUUGCAGAGGAGGAAAUGAAAAUGGAAAAAUUGGCCAUCAAGUUCAAGACUCCAGAACUGGCUUGUCAAUUCAAAGAAUGUUUUGAGAAAUACCAAAAUAUGUUAGAAGACUCACCAGUAAAACCAAUACCUGAAGCUAUAGGAAGCAGUGAGGUAGCUGAGAAAAAAGAGGACCCUAAGGGAAAGAAGUCUUUAGCAGACAUGUUCAAGCCUAAAACUGGAAGCUGGGAAUGUCAAGGAUGCUACUGUGUGAACAAGGGUGAGCAGCUGAAAUGUCCAGCAUGCAAUACAAUCAAGCCAGGUGCUGAAGAGGAAGUUAAGAAAGCAGAAACAGCCAAACCUGCGGCAGGUAUCUCCAGUGGAGGCUUUAAAAUUGGUGAGGGAGGAUUCCAGAUUGGUGGAGCAGCAGGAGGGGGAGGGUUCAGUCUUGGCAAGAAGCAAGAAGGUGGAGGAUUUAGUUUUGGUUCUGCAUCAUCAGGUGGUGGAUUUUCAUUUGCUUCAAAACCAGCACAAGAGGCUGAGCCUACCAGUAAAGACUCUCCAAAGGAAACUGCAGUUGAUCCGGGUAGAGAGGCUGCCAAAAACAUACUUAAGUCAAGUGCAUCCACAAUAGGACCCGGAGGAUUUAGUCUUGGAGGAGGUGGAUUCAAGCUGGAUGGUGUUGAUAGUGAUGGAUUCAGUUUCUCGCCCAAGCCAUCCACUCCAGCAAAACCAGCUAAAAGUGAGCCAGCAGAUUCUACCACUGGAGGCCUCCUGGCAGAGAUGCUACAGUCAAAUGAUCCUCAGCCUAAGACAACUGCAGCAUCUUCAGCAGCUACAUCCGGGUUUUCCUUUACUCCCAAAUCAUCAGGAUUCAACUUUGCUUCUGCAGCUGAUUCUGCCAAGAAGGAUGGAGGCUUCCAGUUCAAUCUUGGAAAGGUCUCAACUCCAGUCAAGAACCAAGAAAAGAAAGAAAUCGGCUCCCCAUUUCAGUUCACCUUCAGCCUUACCCCAUCAAAGACUCCUCAAUCCAAGACCACUGUGACAUCACCCAAGUCUCCAGAGGGGGACUACUAUGUCAAUAAGGAAGGAGAGGACUCCCACAUCUAUUUUGAACCUAUUGUGUCUUUACCUGACAAAGUGGAUGUGAAGACUGGGGAAGAGGAGGAAGUUACCCGGUUUGAACAGAGGGCAAAACUCUUCAGGUUCAGUGAGGGUGAGUGGAAGGAGAGAGGUCUUGGCACUAUGAAGAUUCUGGAACACAAAACUUCCCACCGCUACCGACUUCUGAUGAGGCGAGAACAGAUCUUCAAAGUGUGCUGCAAUCAUGUGAUUACCCCUGAACUGGAACUCAAGCCAAUGGGCUCAGGUGAUGGAAAGUCAUGGGUUUGGUAUGCCAAGGACUUCUCUGAGGGAGAGGGCAAGGUGGAACAACUAGCUAUCAAGUUUAAGAACAAGGAGAUAGCUGACCAGUUUAAGAAAGUGUUCGAUGAUGGAAAAGCUGGUGGUGGAAAAGGUGCCUCUGCAGCUACUGAAGGGGAUGUGUCAGCCAAGCACAUUGAGGUUGAAACUCUGAUGACAAGCUCAACCAAGCAGGUUUCUGGUGAUAGUGGCAAUCCUUAUUACAAAGCUGAGCUUGAGUUGCUUAGCGUAGAGCCCUUACAGUCCAGUAGGUAUGGUCUGUCAACAGGGGACAUGGGAAAUCCGUACUAUAAGGAAGCUCUGGAUACAUCGGAGGUUGAGGAACAUAUGUCUUCUGUGACUGUUCAAGGAACCGGCGACAAAGGAACACUAUAUUACAGACAGCAUCUUAAUGACUCUGAGAAAGUGGAAGCUACAAUUAUACAUGGUACUGGUGAAAAGGGCAAUCCAUAUUAUAAAUCCGGGCUUGAUUUGUCCAGUGUGGAGCCUUUGAUGUCCAGUUCAAAUGUUCAAGGUCAAGGUGAUAAAGGCAAUCCAUACCAUGAGGCUGAGCUUGAGAAAUCAGGGAUGGAAUCUCUGAUGACAAGUGUAGACAUUCAAGGUACUGGGAACAAGGGCAAUCCAUAUUACAAGACUCAGUUAGAGCAGUCCAGCGUAGAACCCCUGAUGAAAGCUGCAAAUAUACAAGGUACUGGAGACAAAGGCAAUCCAUAUUGUACAGCAAAGUUUGGACAGACAGUUAUCACAGAAUCCAUGUCAGCUACCAAGCUUGCACACAGCACUGGUGAUGAGGGCAAUCCCUACUACAGCUCCGAACUGGACAGACUUGUGGGCGAACCACUUCUGUCUAGGUCCAGAUCUGGAGAAACAGGUGACCUAGGCAAUCCAUAUUAUUCAUCUCAGCUUGACCAGACAGGUGUAGAGCCAAUGAUACACAGCAGUAGCACCCAACGGACAGGGAGCAAGGGCAACCGUUACUACACAGACCACUUAGACAGCUCAGUGGUUGUGGAGACUGUCAAAUCCGUCAAUGUCAGUCAGGGCACUGGGGAGGGUGGCAACCCGUAUUAUAGUUCUGCACUGGACAAGUUGAUCGAUGAACCCAGGAUGUCAUGUUCUAGCAGUCAGGGGACUGGUAAUCUUGGCAACCCCUACUACUCCUCCAAGCUGAAUGAUGUGCAGUCCCUGUAUAUUGAGGAGGCAACAGAGGAACAGAAGGCCAGAGCCAGAAAGUACCUGCUGCCAGAGUCAUUCUACCUGUAUGAAAACAAACCCCCCUGUCCGGGCUGUAUUGGCUGCGAGGACUAUGACCCCAGUAAAGUCAGUGUUCCCAGCAAGGUCAAAGCAAAAUCAAAAUCUGAGGAGACAAGUCGAGCACCUAGAAUAACUUCAGUUAAAGUGUCAAGCAGUGCCAGCAGUGUUGCAGGCAGUGUUGGUGCCAGUGAAGGGUUCUCUAUGUUCGGUCAGGCUUCAGGGAUGUCCUUCUCUACCCUAACUGCACAGGGGGAUGCAGUUGGAUUUGCUUUCAAGAAAGAUGAAAACAGACCAUUCCAGUGGUCAGGAGCAGGUCAACAGAUAUUUGGGUCAUCUCCAGGUGGCAACAGGACCAAUGAUGGUGAUGAUGAUGAUGAGGUUGUGCAGGGUGACGACAUUGACUUUAAACCCAUCAUUGAACUUCCAGAACUAGUUGAAGUCAAAACAGGUGAAGAAGGCUGGGAGGUGGUGUACUGUCAGAGGUCGACGUUGUUCCGAUUUGUGCACGAUUCCAACCAGUGGAAGGAGAGAGCUGUGGGAGACAUGAAGAUCCUCAAACAAGAUGACAAAUAUCGAAUGCUGAUGAGGCGAGAUCAAGUACAUAAUGUGGCCUGUAAUCAUCUGAUAGCUCCAAAUAUGAUCCUGUCUCCCAUGGCAACAUCAGAGACAGUCUGGUGCUGGACUGCUCAAGACUAUGCUGAAAACGAGGCAAAGAUUGAACAGUUUGCCCUCAGGUUCAAGACAGAAAAGCUGGCCAGACAGUUCAAGAAGAAGUUUGAAGAGGUUCAGGAGCAGGUCAGACAAACAGAAGCUGCAGCCCCAGCUAAGAAUGCCAACAACUCGGCAACUGAGUCCAAAAGUCAGGAAGUCUCUGUGACAGAGGAAGAAGAAGAUGAUGACGAAGAUGAUGAUGAUUCUGAGGAAGAAAGCAUUGUGUUUGAGAAGAGGGCUACGUUGACAUAUUUUGAGAAUGAUGAGUGGAAGAAACUUGGAAUGGGCAACCUGAAGAUCCUGUACAAUGAAGAUCUGAAUGGAAACCAAAUUGACAUGGACACAGAUGACAAACUAAAAAUCUGCAACCAUAUCAUUUGCCGGGAACACUCAAUAAGAGUAGAGAUGCCGAAGAGAGCAUGUAUGUGGAGUGCCCAAGACUUCUCAACAGACGAGCCAGUCAAGAGGAACUUCAAGGCAUCUUUCAGCUCAGUAGCUGCUGCAGAGGAGUUUGCUAAAUCUUUUAUGGAGGGUGUGAGCUUGGCCCGAGAUUCUGAGUUGUCCGAGCAGAUUUCACAUGAAAUGGAUACCCCUGUUAUAUUUUCUCAUGGUGAUGCCACAGGAGGUCAAUCCCGAAUCCUUGUUUGUCAAUCCGAAGCAAGCUCUGCAACCUCAAUGGGUGGCAGUAGCCAAUGUGAGACGAGGAUGCAGCCAGGUUAUAGUGGGGGCAGCGAAUCAGCAGCCUCAUCACAAACAGGGGAGGGUGUGUCAGCCACUGAUGCUACCUCAGUUGUUUCAUGUUCGCCUGAGCUGUCUGCUCUCUUAAGUUCAUUCUUAGAGGAAGUUUUCAGAUCAGGAAAGAUGAAGAUAAUGAAGAAAUAGCAAAUUGGAAUAUAUGUGUGCUAAACGGAUUAAUAAUUCUGGACUGUAAAUGAAACUGUGCGGAUUUCCAUAAGUGUGCGGAAUGUUUUGAACCUGAAUAUGCUGCUCUUACUGUACAUGGUAAAAAGGAUAAUUAUUUAAGAAUUAUUUACAUCUCUCAGUGUUAUUACAUCAGUGUCUCAAAUACAGAUAAUUACAUUAGUAAGAUGUAUUAUUUCAAAUAGGUUCAUUUGUCAUCUUUUAAGAGAAGUUCGUUCAUGGUCCUUAAAAAUUAUAUAGUGCUUAUUCAAGAAUGGUAGAUCUGGCUAAACAUUUGAAUUUGACACAUAGAAGUAAUUAUUGGAAAUUUCUGUACAUAUCAGAUCGCCAUCCUUAUUAACAUUUGUACUGCUUUGAAAGAACAUUGUUGUAAAUACAUGAAUAAACAUACUUGUUGUUACGGU